UUUUUUCUUUAAAUUGCAAAUUGAAUUAUUAAAGGAUGGCGGCAACUGGUAGAUACGAAUUAGAAUCUAAUCCUCAGAAAAAGGUUAUCCAUGUGAGAACUCCUAUUGAGAAACUGAGAUAUCAAUGUCUCCAAAGAGGAGUUAAUGGUAUCAAGACAUUAGGAAGAACAUUUCGUAUUAUGGAUGAUAACAGAGAUAAAAAAUUGGAUAAAGCAGAAUUUGAAAAAGGAUUGCACGACUAUGGAGUUAAUUUAGAACAUGAUGAUGUUGAUGCUCUUUUUUCAGAAUUUGAUAAAGGUGGAAGUGGUACAAUAGAUUUUAAUGAAUUUCUUUUAUCUCUGAGAGCACCUCCAAAACAAGAACCAAGGACAAUUGAAAAUACCAGAGAACCAGAUGAAACUUUUGUUGAUGGUGAAGAUGAAGAG